AUGCGAAGGGGCGGGACGUCGGGCGAUAGACGGGGAAUGAGAGAGCCGGGAGGGGGGGCAGGCACACAGGGUGCACAGGAGGAUGGAAAGCAUAUAACGGAGGGAGUGCCAGGUGACGGCGGGACGCAAGUGGCGAGGACCAGAGCCCGAAGCGGCCAGGCCACAAGCAAGGACGCAAGCAGAGAAGCAAACGACGGGAGGAGAGGAACGGGGGGGACACAGGCCGGACAUGCAGCGGGGAAAGGCCAGCAGGAAGGGACCUUGGCCCCACCAGACAUGCCAGGCGUAGGAGGAAAAGUAUCAGACCAAAGACGACGGAACCCAGGCGUGCGACAGGAUCCAAACCCAAGGGGCGCCGAUGUCAGGGACGGGAAAGGACAGGAUGAGAGUGACGCCGGUCCCAUGUCAUCUGGAAUGAUUUUCCCGUGGCCAGGAAUUUGGAGGGGAGGAGGGCCCAGGCAUAAAGGCUCGCCUUGUCAUUUCUGCACUAGGUAA